AUGGUUCAAUUGUCUACUCUUCUCCUCGCUACCACCGCCUGCCUCAGCGCUGCGGCUCCUCACAAUGCUCCGUGGAAGUCCAUCGUCUCUCGCGGUGCUCCUACCCCUGGAACUGAGCUCACUCUGACCAAGACCACCAACAACAUGGACGCAGGCAGCUUCGAGGAGAACGGCGGCGACAUCAAGUUCAAGGUCGGCGACAAGAUCGGAGAAGGCAGCGCUGGCAGAAUCUACACCAUCAACUGCGACGGCAACGCCGCUUGCAACGAGCUGGGCCGAGUCGUUCUCAAGAACUACAUCGACAAGGAGCAGGCCAAGGAUGAGCGCAACCAUCUUGCCAAGAUCGGCGAGCUCAAGGCAGUCAAGAACAUCGACGGGGAGGAGUACACGCUCUUGAAGCAGUGGGACGGCGUCAACCUCUCGAAGCUGCCGACUUACGUGAAGCUGAACGAGAACAAGGAAGACAACUACGACGCGAUCGUCGAGUUUGUCGACCAAGCCAUCAAGAUGAUUGCCGACGACGCAAAGGCCUACAUCAAGAACAACCACAUCUUCCAUAACGACAUCAACGAUGCCAAUGUUUUGCUGCAGGAGAGCGACGGCAAAAUCACCUCUGCUAAGCUCAUUGACUGGGACAAGGCCACAAUCUUUGAUGCCGACUCUGUCGAGGAUGCCACUGGUGAGGUUGAGGACGUGGUCAACACGGCUUUCGAGAGACUCAAGCCCGAGUAA